GAGUGAGCGAGAUAGCCGGCGCCGUGGUGUUUUGUCAAAAACAUGUUUUACAGUUCAAAAGGUGUUCUCCGUGUGGCGGCUGCGACCGUGAAGCGUUUCUCGCUGCUGCAAUCGUCCCAGUACGGCUUCAAGAUUAAUUACUCCAAGUUUCAUGGCUCGAUUUCGCUCUCGGCGAUGUCGAAGCCGAUCCUGUUUUCGUACUGGCGGAGCUCGUGUUCCUGGCGUGUUCGGAUUGCGCUCAACCUGAAAGAAAUCCCGUACGACAUCAAGCCGAUCAGCCUGAUCAAAUCGGGAGGUGAGCAGCACUGCAACGAGUACCGGGAGGUGAACCCGAUGGAGCAGGUCCCGGCCUUGCAAAUCGAUGGACACACGCUCAUCGAGUCGCUAUCGAUAAUGUACUACCUCGAGGAGACCCGUCCACAGCGUCCGCUGAUGCCGCAGGAUGUGCUGAAGCGUGCCAAAGUGCGGGAAAUUUGUGAGGUCAUUGCUUCCGGCGUUCAGCCGUUGCAGAAUCUGAUCGUGCUGAUACACGUCGGGGAGGAGAAGAAAAAGGAAUGGGCGCAACACUGGAUAACGCGCGGGUUCCGUGCGGUCGAGAAGCUGCUGUCGACGUCGGCCGGCAAGUUUUGCGUUGGCGAUGAAAUCAGUCUGGCCGAUUGCUGCCUCGUACCGCAGGUGUUCAACGCACGCCGUUUCCACGUCGAUCUGCGCCCGUAUCCGAUCAUUUUGCGUAUCGAUCGGGAGCUGGAAGGACAUCCGGCAUUCCGGGCGGCACAUCCCUCCAAUCAACCAGACUGCCCACCGGAAGCGGCCAAGUAGAGCGAGCAAAGGAGUGCUCAUUAUCACCGAUUGAUUUCCAUACGAUGAUUGGUAUCUAAAGUCCUGCAUCUGCCAUAAAACCAUGAAACCUAAAGUCUAGUCGCGAAGUCGAGGGUGAAGAGUCAAUGCCGGUCGUCCCGUCCACCGGUCGGGCGGCUUUCUGAACCAUAUUUUUACAAUGCAGCUCGUGAGAAUUAGGGAAAAGCAUUAUUUACACAAUUUUACCGGGACGGAAAGGAGAAACGAAACAAAAGCCAUCUAGUAGCAACAGAAAACCACCAAAAAAAAAAGGUUACCAACGGGGAAACGACGAAAAGACACGAAACCCAGGCCAAAAGUACGUACUACUGGAAGCAGGUUCAACGAC